AUGUCGAACACGAACAUGCAGCCCAAAACCUCCAUGAACUACGAGACCAAGGCAAAGUCGCUCGUGCCCUCACCACCGACAAAUUUGCCAACGGCUCCAACUGGCACUUCACCGGCCUCAACAUCAGAUUCAAAGACUGGAGAUUUAUCCAUUGUGCCCGCCUCAAUUGCUUACCAACCAACUCCAUCAAAAGUCGCUGGUCAGAUUGUUCCUCUUCCUGUCGCCAAUGCGAAGAAGAUGAGGCACUCCCCCACAUGCUUUGCCAUUGCCCAUCCAACAUGCCUGCCAUCACUACCUGCCACAAUAAGAUUGUAG